AUGCUGGAAGAAUCGAACCUUAUGGAGUCGGCUUCUAGUGCAGAUGUUUUUCUAGUACUUCCUGACCCCAUUGAAUUGACUAUUGAAGAUAGUGUAGAUGAAGACUGUGGAGGAACAUUCAAUAAUCUAAACAAAAAUAUGUUGGAUGCGGAAUCAGAAACUGUAAUUCAUCAAGAAGAAGACAAAAGCAUCUACGAAGAAAAUAUAAAUCUCUACGAAAAAGAAGCAGAUCUUCAACGUGUGACACAAGUUCAGGAAGAAGAAGAUACGGAAGAUAUUGAGAUAGAAACGGAAAUAGAGACACAAAAUGAAAAAAUUCAAGAUGUUCAAUCUCCUACAAAACAAAACACCAAAACAUCGUUUAGUCCUACAUUGGCACGUCUAUUGACAGCUCCAGAGAGAAGUGCGAUGAGUAACCAGUCUAUGGCUUCGUCUACACCUAUGUCGAGUAAUGCUGCGCAUCCUUCCAAUAUGUCGAUUUCAGAAAUAUUGUCGACGAGUAAAGCUUGCAAUGAAAUCACGAUUACUCCGGUUGAUGCAGAGUACAACGUCACUCCAUCAAAAGGAAAGAGUAUGGUUUCUGCUUGGGAUGAACAUUCGGAAGUGUGCUCUGGUUAA